AUGCGCGAAAAGCGUGCUAAGGCAUCCGGGAAGGGAACAGCUAUGAAACCAUCCACGAUGGCGAAGGCAGCAACAAAGAAGGGCAAAAAGAAAGUAUCACCUAAGGCAAAAGGCGCAUCGAAGCUGGUGGAGAUUGACUCGGGUGAUGAAUCUGAUGGGAUGACGGCUUUGAAAGGAGUAGAAGAGAGAGAACUCAAGCAGGGUGCGCGCCGUGGUCCAGAAAACGAAAGCAUGAAACGCUUUCAUGAUCCUGUCGCAGUCCGAGAUUCACGAGGGAAUCUUUGA